AUGCCAAACUACAAGCAAUUUUUCAAAGAUUUAUCGAACAAAGGAGUCCGGUGGAGCACAAGUCACACCUUGACUAAUUACUUGAGCUUCUCGCCGGAGGAGGAGACGCCGAGAGUUGCGAAGGACAGCUGGCUGACCCCCAUCGGCCAGUGUUGCCAAACAGACGAAAUUAACGGAUCUGCCGACAUGUGUCUUGUCCUUCAGUCAUAACGAGUGUUCCUCGUUGGUAUGCGUCGCCGUGCGGGCCUCGACUACGGUAGUUAUGAGCGCGUAUUAUUGGAAGAGCCGCUCCGGGAGAGGCGGCGCUUGUAUCUGUGCCCCCCUUGAAGUGCAUUUAUUCUUCUUCUUCUUCUUCUUCUUCUUCUUCUUCUUCUUUUCCCACCCUGUGGCCAGCGUAUUCGGCUGCUUUCAGACGUGUCCGUUUUGAUUUCACUGCUUUUUUCCCCAUUCUCUUUCUCGUUAUUCAUUAGAGUCGACUAAAAAAUUAGUUCAUUCCAAAUUGUCUCAGAGGGAGGUCAUUUUACUUUUCGGUAUUUCUGGAAAUCGGCCACACACAGAAUAUUCUUCCGGUACAUCAAGAAUCGUUCUGGCCAAUUUUCAGGAAAACCCUGCCCUCAAAGUAAACCUCACUUGUUAGAUCUUCCUUGUUAAGUCGUUUCAAGUUUAAAAAAAAUAAAUCGUUCUUUUUUGUGAUCCGAGUCUUCAGAAAAUAUUCAAGCUGAUAAUACUUUGAUAGGAAUAUUUUCUUAAACAAAUGAGAAUCGAAAAGUUCGCACCUUUGAAGACUUCAGAAAUCGUUUGAGUAGAGACCUGACUUUGAAUAACUUUUUAGACUCGGAAAACUUUGGGUGCCACUUAAGAGGCUCCCCGAGGACCACUCAAGUGGUCACUAAACCCAGGAUAUUGAAACAUUUUGAAAAGCCGUCAAACUGGACUUUUUUUCUGAUCCCUACCUUUCUCGCCUGCUGAUAACUGUGACUCUGCGGACGAAUCUGACGGCCUCCACCGGAUUCCGCUCAUUUCCAUAUGAACAAACGCAUCGGCGUGUUGCGUUUGGGUUGUUUUUACGAUUUUUCGCGUUUUAUGAUACCCCAUCUUCCUCCUGCUGCCCCAGCUAUCUUUACAAUUUGUUCAGCCGCCUCUUCGGCAGCCGGCGACACAAAGGUAGGACAAGCGACGCCUGCAUCGUCAAUAUUCUUUUAAUUACCCUUCCAACUGUUUCGGAAUAUCAUUCCGAAGUUUGUGAGAAAACAUUUUUGUCUACUGUUUCGGUAGUGGGGUUCAGGAAAAAAAGAAAAUUCAAAAGUUUUGAAGCUGGAAAUAAAACGAUCUGAUGAAAAAAGAAGAGUUUCAAAAUUUGACUUUUUCAAGUGCACUUGCGCAGCUCGUUAUAAACCGAAGAGCUGGAGCAGCGAAGGACUGGAGCACGACACGGCUUCCGGAGCAUCGCGACGAGCUCCAGCUCUCACAAUAACCCGUGUUAUGUGCUCGGCGAGAAAUAUAGAGGCGGCGGCCCGAAAGAAGAUGUGCGACGACGAUGGAUGGCUCAUCAGUCCGCAUGCUUAUAUGCACAUGCGAGAAUUAAUAACAAAUGAACAAAACGGCGUCGUCGUCGUCUACCGUAAGCCGCUGGAGCACUACCUGAGCGUCUUAUGCGUCGAGCCGUCGGCCACGAUUUAUUGGGCUCGAUGA